UCAACAAUAACCAAAAAGUUGGCUUGGAUGGGUAGCGUUUUUCAGCGUUGAUUCGAAAGUAAUUUAAUUAACUAGUUGAAGUAAAGUUCUAAAUGUUGUAGUGAAUUCAGAUCUAGACCGGCGAUUCUAAAAAACCUCCAAAAUGGGGCGUCGUUCCAUCAAUACCACGAAAAGUGGUAAAUAUAUGAACCCGACGGAUCAAGCAAGAAAGGAAGCCAGGAAAAAAGAGUUGAAGAAGAAUAAGAGGCAAAGACAGAUGGUUCGAGCAGCAGUUUUAAAAAUGAAAGAUCCAACACAAAUUUUAGAAGAACUUCAAAAGAUUGAUGAAAUGGAGUAUAAUGUGCUUCAACCGUCUCCUCUUAACGAGAAGGUCCUCAAAGAGAAAAGAAAGAAAUUGAGGGAAACAUUUGAUAGGGUCCUCAAGAUGUAUGACAAAGAUGAUUCAGAGAAAUGGGUAGAGCUUAAGCGUCAAGAGAUGGAAUAUGAGAAAAGGAGAGCUCACUUGAUAUCUUAUUAUGAAUCUGUCAAACAUGCCCAAUCGGUUCAAGUUGAUGAUAUCCCCCUACCAACUCUACAAGUACCAGAAAAUGUCCUUUUUGGUAAUAUGCCAUCACAAAUACCUCUGCCACUGGACUCUGCUCAUCCACUGAUACCUGUCAAGCCUAUUUUAAAGAAGGAUUCUGCGUAUAAAGAACGCCCUCUAGGAAUAGAGCCUCCGGGCGUGCCACCCGGCCCGCCGCCUGACUUCGCGCUGCUAGUGGAAGAGAUAAAGACAAAAUCUAAGGACAAAGAGAAAAAGACCAUUCGCUUCAUGGACAUGGCUGACGAAGGACCGCCGGGAACAUGUUCGAAACCAUUACCUCAAACUGUUCAACAGCACCAGCCCCCAAUAGAGGACGGCGAGCCUAUGGACGAAGACGAGCGUCCCACCAGCCCCCCCGGGGUCUCAGCCACCCCGGCGCCAAAGCCUACGUCACUACAGCAAAGAAUGUUGGCGCUGUCUGGACAGAAUAUAGACGACUUUAUGAAAGAGAUGGAAGAGGUGCAUAGGAAGAGGGAAAGGGACAGAGCAGCGGAUCUGAAUGCAAGACUGAGCGCGCUAAAACGCAGCACUGGCGGGCGCGAUAGCGACUCCGACAGCGAUACAGAGGGCGCGCCGCCGCCACUCAUGCCGCACGAGUUCGGGCCGCUCGAGCCGCCCGGCGUCGAGCUGAGGCAGAUGCCGCCGCCGCUGCUGCCGCCCGGCAGCCUGCCGCCAGGUCUCCGCCCACCUCCUCUCCGUGCACCAUUAGGGCCGCCGCCUCUCCGGCUGCCCCCCGGGCCCCCCGCGGGCCGGCCCCCGGCGCCCCCGGGGCCCCCGCCCGGCCUUCCCCCGCGCGGCAUGCUGCGCCCCCCCGGCCCCCCGCCUGGGGCCCCCCCUCGUCUGUUGAGGCCCCUCGUCCCGCCCCCGCCGCCUAAAGCGAUGCCCCCGGUAUCUGUGUUGUCGGCCGCACCGCAGCUUAUACCAAAGAAGGAUGGACCACAAGGUGCAACAAUAUCAGCCAAGCCGCAAAUCCGCAACUUAUCAGCUGACGUGACCAGAUUCGUGCCUUCGGCUCUGCGUGUGAAACGCGAAGACAAGAAGUCUAAACCUACCAAGACGGGUGCCUUACUUCGGCCAACUGAGAUGCCAAAACAAGCGCCAAGCAAAGACGACGCGUACAUGCAAUUCAUGAAGGAAAUGGAGGGACUGUUAUAGCUUGUAAGUGUAUAUACAAUUGGUAGAUAUUAAAUUACGUGCUCAUGA